UCCUGCUCUCCUGCCUCAGGCUGACUUUGGCUGGUUAAACUUGGCUAGCAGACCACGGCUGCCCGCCCACCAUGGACCAGGACUAUGAGAGGCGCCUGCUCCGACAGAUUGUCAUCCAGAAUGAAAACACGAUGCCUGGUGUCGCGGAGAUGCGGCGGACCCUGACGCCAGCCAACUCCCCUGUGUCUUCCCCGAGCAAGCAUGGAGACCGUUUCAUCCCGUCAAGAGCCGGUGCCAACUGGAGUGUGAAUUUCCACAGAAUCAAUGAAAAUGAGAAGUCACCCAGUCAGAAUCGGAAAGCCAAGGACGCCACUUCGGAUAACGGCAAAGAUGGCCUGGCCUACUCUGCCCUGCUGAAGAAUGAGCUGCUAGGAGCUGGCAUCGAGAAGGUGCAGGACCCACAGACCGAGGACCGAAGGCUGCAGCCCUCCACACCCGAGAAAAAGGGGCUCUUCACGUAUUCCCUCAGCACCAAGCGCUCCAGCCCUGAUGAUGGCAAUGACGUGUCUCCGUACUCCUUAUCCCCCGUCAGCAACAAAAGUCAGAAGCUACUUCGGUCUCCACGGAAACCCACUCGGAAGAUCUCCAAGAUCCCCUUCAAGGUCCUGGAUGCACCUGAGCUUCAGGACGACUUCUACCUGAACCUAGUGGACUGGUCGUCUCUCAACGUGCUCAGUGUGGGGCUCGGGACCUGCGUGUACCUGUGGAGUGCCUGUACCAGCCAGGUGACCCGGCUCUGCGACCUCUCGGUGGAAGGCGACUCAGUGACUUCUGUGGGCUGGUCUGAGCGGGGGAACCUGGUGGCUGUCGGCACGCACAAGGGCUUUGUGCAGAUCUGGGAUGCCGCUGCAGGGAAGAAGCUGUCCGUGCUGGAAGGUCACACUGCGCGCGUCGGGGCGCUGGCCUGGAACGCUGACCAGCUAUCCUCCGGGAGCCGGGACCGCAUGAUCCUGCAGAGGGACAUACGUACCCCACCCCUGCAGUCGGAGCGGCGACUCCAGGGCCACCGGCAGGAGGUGUGUGGCCUCAAGUGGUCCACGGACCACCAACUCCUUGCCUCGGGGGGCAACGACAACAAGCUCCUGGUGUGGAACCACUCAAGCCUGAGCCCCGUGCAGCAGUACACAGAGCACCUGGCGGCCGUGAAGGCCAUCGCCUGGUCCCCGCACCAGCAUGGGCUGCUGGCGUCCGGCGGUGGCACAGCCGACCGCUGCAUUCGCUUCUGGAACACACUCACGGGCCAGCCGUUGCAGUGCAUCGACACCGGCUCGCAGGUGUGCAACCUGGCCUGGUCCAAGCAUGCCAACGAGCUGGUGAGCACACACGGCUACUCGCAGAACCAGAUCCUCGUCUGGAAGUACCCCUCCCUGACCCAGGUGGCCAAGCUGACGGGCCACUCCUAUCGCGUCCUUUACCUGGCCAUGUCCCCUGAUGGAGAGGCCAUCGUCACUGGUGCUGGAGACGAAACCCUAAGGUUCUGGAAUGUCUUUAGCAAAACCCGUUCAACAAAGGAAUCUGUGUCCGUUCUCAACCUCUUCACCAGGAUCCGGUAAACCUCCGAUGUGCCCUCUGGGUCAGAAGACCACCCGCUCUCGUCAGCGUGCAUGGACCCCUGAGCACAGCCCCCGAUGAACGCAGCCAGGGUGGGACGGGAGCCGGGCCUGGAGCGCCCCGGAGGUUGCCAUUAAAACCUGAUUUCCAACCCUGUCGGCCGCUCUUUGGGGCGGGGCGUGGUUGGCACCGUCAGCAAUGGAGCCGUCUCCCUGCACACGGCAGCCUGCGGCCUGCGCGGACCUCUGCCCGAGUGGACGCCACCCAGGACCUCGCCAGCCGUGUCUGCCGGCACUGCCUUGUUGGGGCCGCUUGCCCUCCAGCUGACCGCGGGCGCAGGCCGGGCGGGCCCUGAGUGCCCUGCAGGAGGGCCCAGUGCCGGGGUUUCCUUCCGGCUGGCGCUGCCCGGCUGCCGUCCGGUGACUGUUGGGUGAGGCUCGGCGUUGGGAGCUGGGCGGCUCCACGCUGAAGAUCAUCUCAAAGAGGACUUGGUGUCCAAGGAAGUCCGAAGUGGAACCCACACUCACCCUGACCCCCGCCAUGCCUGUCACCGUGGGCUCACAGCUCAGCCCGUCCCCAGAUGGAACUUGGCUCCUGGCAGACGUGGUGGCCUGAAACACCCUGAGCGCCAGGCCCCUGUGCCUCCGCCCCAGGCUGCCUGCUGCGCCUCUCUACCAGGGAACCAGGGCGGGGGCACCUGCACCCCUGUGCCCUGGGCCUCCCCCCCACUCCCGCCUCCCCCACUGGAGAAGGGGGGGCGGGGUGCAGCCUGGGACCUGCAUAGUCCUUGGUAGUGUGGGGUCCAGGGAAGGCUGCACAGGGCCCCGCGGGUUGCCCUGGCUGUGCAUGGGCCCCCCAGGGCCUGACAGAUUUGUCAUGUAUGUGCAUGUGUAUAUAUGUAUUUGUGACUUUUCUUUGGUUUUGUUUUGUGUAUUUGUAAAUCGGUCUGAGAAAUGUUUAAGGCUAGUUGGGGGGCGGGGGCGCGCCUGCUGUGCCUCACGGAAGGGAGGGGUGAUUGAACCUGCUUGAAUCUGGGGAGGGCCUAGGGCCCUCCUGCGGGCCCACCUGGCCUCCUGCCUGCCAGGGGGACAGGUGAGGACCACGUGUACAGAGAUGUGGGUGUCUCCAAGAUCUUUGUUUGUUUGUUUUUUUCCCUUUUUAAGUAAACGAUUCCUGUCUGUACUGUGCCACCUUCCUGUGCAGUUGCCAAAGUGCCCAGGGGUGGCCCUAGGGGCUGGUAGCACCCACCUGAGGUGGAAAGGCCAGCGGGCACGGCCGUGUGUUCUCAGCCCUGGCGCAGAGCGAGCCUCUUCUCGUGUACCGCGGUGUCGUCAUUAAACCAGUUGUG